CACUGGGCAUGCUCAGUCGCCGGAGCCCGUCCUGGUCUUAAGUAGGAAGCUCGAGCGCUGCACCCGCUGCUGAUCCAGGCGCUCGGGGGAGGGCGAGACUGGAGCAGAGCUGCCGGGCUCGGAGCCGAAGUGAACGCCGCGCGCACUGCCGGUUGGAGCUGCCGUGGGUGAGCUGUUGUGGUCUGUAGCCAAGCAUGCUGUGGUCAGACCUGCCCAGCCGAGGGACAGAAACAUUUGCUGGAUGGAAAAUCCAUAAAAGAAAGCUGCUGUGAGAGGCUGAGACAGACGAUAACUUAAGCAAAGCCAGAUUUAUUUGGGCUGUCUGACCUCAUUGAAUGAUUGCUGUUAAUUAACAAGACUUUGUGGGAAAAGGGAACUUGCCUUCUGAGCUUUGUACCAAAGACCUGGGAAAACUAACCGUCUCAGUCUUUCCUGAGUGCUUGGAAACCACCGGGCCCCCUGCUGAUGUGCUGACUGGCCGCUAUGGGCAGAAGGUACCCAGAGGCUCACUGUCAUCCACGCAGCUUGUAUUUCAAAUUAUAACCUAUUUCCUGCACUCCUGCUGACGUCCAGUGAUCCAUGUCAGAAGUACUUCCAGCGGACUCAGGUGUAGACACUUUGGCAGUGUUUAUGGCCAGCAGCGGAACUACACACGUCACGAAUCGAAACAGCCCGGCCACGCCACCAAAUACCCUUAAUCUCCGUUCCUCCCACAAUGAACUGUUGAAUGCUGAAAUAAAACACACAGAAACGAAGAACAGCACCCCCCCCAAAUGCAGGAAAAAAUAUGCACUAACUAACAUCCAGGCAGCAAUGGGCCUCUCAGAUCCAGCUGCACAGCCCUUGCUGGGAAAUGGCUCUGCCAACAGUAAGCUGGUGAAAAAUGGGGAGAACCAGCUCCGGAAGGCUGCAGAACAAGGGCAGCAGGAUCCCAACAAAAACGUCAGCCCCACUGCAGUCAUCAACAUAACUUCUGAGAAGUUAGAGGGUAAAGAGCCCCACCCACGGGAUUCCCCGGGCUGUGAAAUUUUACCCUCCCAGCCCAGGAGAACCAAGAGUUUCCUUAAUUACUAUGCAGACCUGGAAACCUCAGCCAGAGAACUAGAGCAGAACUUAGGCCACCAGCAUGGGGUUGUGGAAGAGAAGUCUCAGCCGGGCCCGGCCCCCACCACCAUCGGAAAUGGCGAGUUGCUGGUGCAGAAACCUAACAAGCCCCAGUGCAGCCCUGAAGAUGGCCAGGUGGCCACAGUAUCAUCCAGCCCAGAGACCAAGAAGGAUCAUCCUAAAACAGGGGCCAAAACUGAUUGCGCACUCCACCGGAUCCAGAACCUGGCUCCGAGCGACGAGGAGUCCAGCUGGACCACACUGUCCCAAGACAGCGCCUCACCCAGCUCCCCAGACGAAGCAGCAGACAUAUGGAGUGAUCACUCCUUUCAGACCGAUCCAGAUUUGCCACCUGGUUGGAAAAGAAUCAGUGACAUCGCUGGGACCUAUUACUGGCACAUACCAACAGGGACGACUCAGUGGGAGCGCCCUGUCUCCAUCCCAGCAGACCUUCAGGAUUCUAGGAAAGGGUCACUUAGUUCUGUAACACCAUCUCCCACCCCAGAGAACGAGAAACAGCCAUGGAGUGAUUUUGCUGUUCUGAAUGGGGGAAAGAUUAAUAGUGACAUUUGGAAGGAUUUGCAUGCAGCCACAGUUAACCCGGACCCAAGUUUAAAAGAGUUUGAAGGAGCAACGCUGCGCUAUGCAUCUUUGAAACUCAGAAAUGCCCCAAAUGGUGAUGAUGAUGAUUCUUGUAGUGUCAACAGUGACCCAGAAGCCAAGUGUUUUGCUGUGCGUUCUCUGGGCUGGGUAGAAAUGGCAGAGGAGGACCUUGCGCCCGGUAAAAGUAGUGUUGCUGUCAACAACUGCAUCAGGCAGCUUUCUUACUGCAAAAAUGACAUUCGAGAUACAGUCGGCAUUUGGGGAGAGGGAAAAGACAUGUACCUGAUCCUGGAGAACGACACGCUCAGCCUGGUGGACCCCAUGGACCGCACGGUGCUGCACUCCCAGCCCAUCGCCAGUAUCCGCGUGUGGGGCGUGGGCCGCGACAACGGCCGAGAUUUUGCUUAUGUAGCAAGAGACAAAGAUACAAGAAUUUUGAAAUGUCAUGUAUUUCGAUGUGACACACCAGCAAAAGCCAUCGCCACAAGUCUCCACGAAAUCUGUUCCAAGAUUAUGGCCGAACGGAAAAAUGCCAAAGCCCUGGCGUGCAGCUCCUUACAGGAAAGACCCAGUGUGAGUCUAGACGUCCCCUUGCAAGUAGAUUUUCCAACACCAAAGACUGAGCUGGUCCAGAAGUUCCAUGUGCAGUAUUUGGGCAUGUUACCUGUAGACAAACCAGUCGGAAUGGAUACCCUAAACAAUGCCAUAGAAACACUUACGACCUCAUCCAGCAAGGAGGAUUGGCCGUCCGUGAACAUGAACGUGGCCGAUGCUACUGUGACUGUCAUCAGUGAGAAGAGUGAAGAGGAAAUCCUAGUGGAGUGUCGUGUGCGAUUCCUGUCCUUCAUGGGCGUCGGGAAGGAUGUCCACACCUUUGCCUUCAUCAUGGACACUGGGAACCAGCACUUUGAGUGCCAUGUUUUCUGGUGCGAGCCUAAUGCCGGGAAUGUGUCCGAGGCAGUGCAGGCUGCCUGCAUGUUACGAUACCAGAAGUGCUUGGUAGCCAGGCCGCCUUCACAGAAAGUUCGACCACCUCCUCCGCCAGACUCGGUGACCAGAAGAGUCACAACCAAUGUGAAACGAGGGGUCUUAUCCCUCAUUGACACUUUGAAACAGAAACGCCCUGUCACAGAAGCGCCGUAGCUGGGUGUGUUGAAGGAGUCUGUGACGUCCACCUGCAGACUGAAUAGCUCCACUAAAGAUGAACUGAUACUGGGCCUUCCAUUCAGUCGCUGAUGCUUUGUCUUCCAAGAAUUUAUCCAUAACCCAACAGUGUUAGACAAGCAUGUUCUCUGUCUUGCCACCAUCACGUGAUAUGAAAAGCAUGACUACUUUUUUUUGCUGUCAGUAAGUUACAUCACAAGCAGUGGAAGGUCCUUUUCUUACUGUAAAUACCAUGAUGUCACACUUCACUUCACAUCCACGAAAAAGAAUGUGACCACCCCUCUCCUAGUGAACCAAGCUGAGUCCUUGGAGUGAAUGACGCCUGAGUUUUAAUUUCACUGUCAUCAUGACUGGAUCUGUCACAGCGACUUUAACUCCUCCAGUGCUUUGCCCUGUUUUCAACAUUGAAAUAGCCACUGCAUACAAGAUAGCACUGAAUUGCUAUAAAUACUCGAUGACCAAUUGUUUUUGCUUUACAUAACAUGGAACCUUUUGGUUGACAAAAAUUGGCUGUUGGCAUCAGUACAGAAACCCACUGGCAGCUUUCCUUGACAAGCUCUCUGACACAUGGACACCAUUUCAUGUCUAGAGCUGUUUGUGGGACAUUGCAAAAAAAAAUGCAACUUCAGAAUUGAAAAACAAACUAAAUUUGAGAAAUUAAAAUCAAACAAAAAAUGGCCUUUCUUUCCAGAUGGUUUUCAAACUGAUUAUUUAAAAAGAUUAACAAAACCAUAAUGCAUUUUGGGUGGGACAUAUUUCAAACUUCUGCCUUAUACCGUACAAUGCAGCUAGAAAAUUACAGUUCACUAUGGCCAUUCUUUAUGUAAAUGACAUUAAAAUGAAAUAUUCCUCUCUUGCCUUUUAUCCUUAGUUUGAUAAUUAACCAAUAUGCAAUUUGGAAUUGAGGAAAUGUCAUUUAUACUUUAGAUCUCCACCACCAUGUUAGUUUGUUAGUCCACCUCUAGUAAAAUGUUCUGCCAGGAUUCUGCUCUAGCUCAAUCUUACCCCAGUACUUUUUGCCCAGAAAGCUGUCUGUCCACAUAUAUUGUCCAUGGCAACAAAUUACAUUAAAUUGAACUUUUCUGAACUUAUGUAUUUACUAUUAGAAGUUGUUGGACUCUACAAGAUAUAUUUUUUAAUUUAUAUUUUUUCCAUUUUAUUUUCAAGAUUUAAAAAUUUCCUAUCAGAGCAAAAUAUACAUAAGAGCAAUAGACGUUUAUUUAACAAGUUUCCCCAAAAUACACUUUUCUGUUUCUCUAUAGAUAAGAGUCUUAGCUAUAAAGACACACAGAUUUAAACUUGUUGACAUUUUUAAAGGAAGUUGCUAAGGGGAUCAAUCUAAAUAUUAGUCUUGUUUACUUUUUAAUGUCAAAUUAACAUUUCACAACACCCAGUUACAAAAGCAACACUUCACUUAUCCACUGCUAUAUACUUGUCAAAAUGGUUUCUACAUUCUUACCACAUUUGAGCCUUAUAAAAUAAAGAAGGUACUAAACACUUUCGAGAAAUAAAACCAUGAAGUACCACGAGGUUCAGUCACCUAGCCUAAGAUCUGUCAGAAGUUAGAGAACCAGAACUAGGAUCCAUGCUUCCCAGCUCAGUUAUAAGUUAUGCUUAUAAAUUAUACAUUAUGCUGCUUUUAACUUCCACAUCAGUUAGGAAAGUUCUUUACAAAAUUACUCUGGGCAUAUCCAGUUAUUGUCAGGAAAUCCUAGAAUUCCCUGUACUAGUAGGGAAAUAGUCCAAAUGACUCACAGUGGGUAUUAAUUAUAAAGCCGUCACUGUCUCUCAGUCUAGUACUGUUUUCCUGCAGUGUGCCUCAAAUGUGUUGUAGAGGACAGGAUGCUACAUGCAGUAGAGCCUGUUGAGCUUACAAGGUUUCCGAGAGAUGAUGUUCCUUGUGGUAGAGAUAUUUUAACUCAUGGUACUUGGCCACCAGAAAGCAUGAUGGAAUGGGUAAGUGGCCUUUUGCCUCUGUUCCCUCACAGAAUUCUGGAAUUAUUUGCUAGCACUGUAGUGUGAUGACAAAAAGAUGCCAUUCUAGAAAUGUAUUACACUUCUUACCAGCCUAUGUACUGUUCUCUCUGAAGUAACCAAGGCAAUCAUUAGAAAUUACAGCACUAAAAUCCUUACUAUGCCCUUUGAAAAGUACUUCAAACCUCAAUCAUUAUAUUUUAUCUUGAUCUCCACAGUGAAACAUUUUAGUGUAAUAAACUUCAAAAUUCUGGACCAGUAAUCCACUUUUAUAUUAGAAAUCUCUACCAGAACCCCCUGUUCAAUUUUUAAGGCAUACAUUCCUUUGUUUUCAGGAGCAAGAAUACUGAGCUAGCUUUAAUAGCAAACUGAUUUAUAUAUGCAAUUAUAGGAUGCAUUAAGAUGAAUGAUAGCCUUUACAUAUUAAAAACUUUACUGCAGAUACUUUGUUUUGAAGAUAGCUCUGCAUACUAAAUGCAAUUAAUUUUGUAAAAUUAAUUAUGUUAAACAGUAUGUUCAGACACUUUCUGCCAUGGCCAAAAAGUAUGUAUGAAAGUAUGUGUGUGUUUUUCUGUGUAAGGAUGCCAAUGUUUUACCUGAUAUUGUAGUGACACUUCAGUUAUCUAUGCAUUCUUUAUAUCUGUGAUUUGGUAAUCAGGCAGCCAUGUUCACUAUGCCUUGUAUGUCUUAUCAUUUUUUAUUAACCUGUUAAAUACAGCUUCAAAUAUUUUUAUUUUAUUUAUUCUAUUUUUACUGAAAUAUACUGCAUUAUUGUGUUAAUGUAUUAUCUUAACUGGAUAUUAUCUCAUAAUGUAUCCAGGUCUAAGUAAUCUCAGUGAACUAUCCAUUGCCUAAAAGGUGUUUUUGUAAUGAUUUGUAGUUACAUUUUUAUUGGAAUAUGUAGAAAAAAGGCAAAAUGCUUAAAGUUCCUUUUAUUUUUUAAAAGCAGCUAGACGCAGAUCUGCCACCUCAAUAUAUGUGCUCCUUGGCAGCAUCAAGGGGAACAGCCAACAUGCCUGAGGCUAAAAACUUUCCUUUGCAAACUUAAAGCACUGCUUGGUGCUUCACAUUUUUAUAUCCUUCACAACACGUGUAAUCUCAUCUAAAAGAUACACAUGUCCACAUGCGCUUUGUUUCCACCUGGAUAUAAGAUCAACCAUAGCUAGUAGGACCAUUGUUUUUCAUUUGUGUCUGUCUUAAUGCAUGAAGGGACAUUAGACCAUUCCCAUUAAAAUAAGUUCUUGGUGAUAAA